AUGGCAAACUUCGACGGCGCCAGUCAGACCUUUCUGGCAUGGCUGAAGCAAUCCGGAGCGGAAAUCAGUCCAAAGAUCAAGUUGGAAGAUCUGAGGAACAAGGAUGCUGGGCGAGGCGUUGUCGCUACUCAACCCAUUGCCGAACAUGAACUCCUCUUCCGCAUACCCCGCGCCUCAAUCCUCAGCGUCGAAAACAGCAUCCUCAGCACCGAAAUUCCCGCCUCAACCUUCAGCCUACUCGGUCCCUGGCUCUCCCUUAUCCUCGUAAUGCUCUACGAAUACCACAACGGCAGCGCCUCAAACUGGGCUCCUUAUUUCACCGUCCUACCCACCGAUUUCAACACCCUGAUGUUCUGGUCCGAGGACGAAUUAGCCGAGCUGCAAGCCAGCGCUGUCGUGAACAAAAUCGGGAAAGAAAGCGCAGAUGAAGUUUUUACCGAGCAGUUGCUACCUGUGAUAGAAGAGUUUGCGGACAUAGUAUUCAGUGGAGAUGUGAGGGCAAAAGACAAGGCGAAGGAGAUGCGUAGCCCCGAAAACCUGGAAUUGAUGCAUAAAAUGGGCAGUCUGAUCAUGGCGUAUGCAUUUGAUGUCGAACCUGCGACGCCAAACAAAGACGUAGACGAUGAAGGUUUCGCCGAGGAAGAAGAAGACGCCGCCCUACCAAAAGGCAUGGUCCCACUUGCCGACAUGCUGAACGCCGACGCCGACAGAUGCAACGCGCGACUUUUCUACGAAAAAGACUGUCUGGAGAUGAAAGCACUGAAACCAAUCACAGCAGGCGAGGAGAUCUUCAACGACUACGGUUCGCUCCCCCGAAGCGAUUUACUGAGAAGAUACGGUUACGUUACCGACAACUACGCACAAUACGACGUGGUUGAAAUUCCUGCCGAGCUCAUCACCGAGCUUUUGGCCCAGGAAAACGCCUGGCACGCAGAUAGAUUAGAUUACCUGGACGAACAAGAAGUACUCGAUACAGGCUACGACGUCGCGGCUAGCACGCCUUUUACACUCCAGGAAAGCCUCUCACCUGAACUUGUCAUCCUGGUGGAAAGUAUGCUUCUUCCAGCAGAUGAAUUCGAACGUCUCAGCAGCAAAGGGAAAUUACCAAAACCAGAGAAGAUCACAAGCAAAGGCGCGGAGUUGCUACUGAAGAUCGUCCAGACUCGCAUCGCGCAGUACGCCACCACGCUGGAAGACGAUUUGAGGACGUUUGGCGAGGUUCCGCCUGUCGAGGCUGCAUCGUCUAAGCAGCGGAGAUUUGCUAUGGCCAAGGCUGUGCGUAUUGGUGAAAAGCAGCUUUUAGCUCUCACAAAAGAUGCGCUGGCGGAGAAGAUAGCAAGAGACGGUGGUGCGGCGGCGGCAAAGAGGCAAAGAGGUGUUGAUGAAGAGGGGGAUGUGGAGAUGGGUGGUAUGGGAAAGAAGCACAGAAUAUGA